UUAAGGGUUUAGGGCUUUAGGCUCUAGCGCCUCCGUUCCCUAUUCAGACUCGGAGAAAAGUUUCUGAGGGACUUUCUUUCGCCAACUUCGCUUACCAAUUAGGGUUUGAUCUUGAUCACUAGGCGGCUAGGGUUUUGACUCUCGCACUAAAAUAGACCUACUUUUUAUUCUUCUUUUGCACUUUACAUAUUGAUAUACACUUCUAAUACUAAAUUUCAGUAUUCCCCUAUUUGAGAGUCUCUCUCUCGGAUUCCCAUUUUGUCAAUCAUAUUCAUACAUAAACACUACAAACUUUUUCAUCAAUUCUGGGUUUUCUUUAAUUUUUUCCCUUCUGGGUUUUCUUGAUUUUCCGCUGAAAUUCUUUCCAAGUUCUCCAAACCCAAUCCGGGCCUCUUGAUUUUCUUGAGUUGAGUGGUUUUUUGCACCAAAUACCGAUCUGGGUUGUUUAUUAUUGUUUGAACCGUGGCCAUUUUCUCUGAUAUUCAAUCUGGGUUUUCCUUCUACAUAGAUUUUCUUUUAUCAGAAAGUGUUCUGCUUCUUGUUUUCUAGGAGAAGAUCAUAUAGAUUAUACAGAGAAGAAAAAGAUUAAACUGAGUUUAACAGCUUUUGAAUUCUGAAACAUGAGUUUUUCUGAUCCUUCUUCUCCAUUUAUGCCAUCUUUACAGUCUUACAUUCCGGGCAGUGAUGCCAUUAACAUCCUGCCUCAAUUCUCUAUGGACAAUGAAGGUCGAAAUUCUGAUUUCGAUCUUCAACCCCCUCCAUACAAAAGGGCUAGGAAUUCGGAAGAAAACCAAUCGAAUUCUUUGCCUUUCCUGCCUAUGAACACAAUAAUGAUUCCUCCAAAUGCCCCGGUCAACAAGGGCACUACCAACAUUUUCUUCAAGACUCGCUUGUGCGCCAAAUUCAAAAUGGGGAUGUGUAGGAACGGUGAAAACUGCAACUUUGCUCAUGGAAGCGAAGACAUGAGGCAACCCCCCGCGAAUUGGCAAGAACUCGUUGGAUUGCGCGGGGAUGAAGACAGGAUUUCGUCUGGUAAUUGGGACGAUGACCAGAAGAUAAUCCACAGGAUGAAGCUGUGCAAGAAGUUUUACAAUGGCGAGGAGUGUCCUUAUGGGGAUAGGUGUAAUUUUCUCCAUGAGGAUCCUUCAAAGUAUAGAGAUGAUUCGGGGAGGUUUAGGGAGAGCUCAGCAAUAAGCAUUGGAACCUCGGAACCGUCGGGGAUUUGUGAAGAUAAUAAAAUGGUUUUGAAUGCUGGUUCAGAUCCAUUAAGAGGAAAUGUGAAGCCUGUGUAUUGGAAGACAAAGUUGUGUAACAAGUGGGAGCAAACGGGUCACUGCCCUUUCGGUGAAAAAUGUCACUUUGCUCAUGGGCUUGCAGAUACUCAGUCUGCUCUGCAUAAGUUGCAAGCUUCUUCUGGACGAGUUGAAGGAGAAGUGCCGAGUUACGCUUCCAUAUCGACGAAACCUCAAGUUUCUGCUGGUGAUUCACUUCCAAAUGCAACAACUGUGGCUGGUUUUAAUGAAGAUGUGCAGGGUAAGAAGUGCUUGUUAAAGUGGAAAGGACCGAAGAAGAUCAAUCGCAUCUAUGCCGAUUGGCUCGAUGAUCUGCCUUUGGUGCACAACCUGCCGAGCAGAGUGGAGAGCUGAGUUGAGUUUCAAACACUAAUAUGGAGUUCAUUUCCCUUGUUGUUCAAGAAAUCUCAAAGAAUUCUGUUACCAUAAGAAAAUUUUUGUGUGUUUUCCAUG